AUGGCGAGGGUGCACGAUAAGACUGCAAGCGGUGGUAGUAGUGGUGGUGGUGGUGGCGCUGAUGGCGGCGGUGGUGGUAGUGAUCGAUCACUACCGGCAAUCGAAGUUAAGACGGCAACCAACACGGUUCUCUUAAGAAUCUGCUGUGAUAAACAUAAUGGGUUAUUGACCAAGUUAUUCACUGAGUUGGAGAAGCAUCAUUAUUUGAGCAUUACUAAUUUAACCGUUAUACCAUUCUCGAGCUUCGCCUUAGAAGUUACCAUUGUGGCACAGAUGGAAGAUGGCUUCAACAGGAAUGUGAAUGAUUUUGUUACAAGUCUUCGAUCUGCCCUUCGAUCGCCCUGAAUAUGAAUCGAAACAAGAUGAUCAUUGUUCUUGGAUAGUUGGAUUGAACUUAUUAUGUUCAAAUUGUCAUUCCAAAUUAAACUUAUUAUGUGCGUGAACUUAAUUAUUAUUGUUAAUCUGAUUUAAGU